AUGGCUAAUUCGACAAUCCGUGGGCCAUGCAUAAGUACCUUAUGUACAGUUGUGGACAUACAAUACCAUGGGAAUUCGGGCUUUCGGACCACUGUGGCGGCGGUAAAAAGGACUAGGGGGGGUGACGUCCUCCUAGAAGUGAAAGGCGUUAGCGGUGCCCGGGCUCUGAGCGAGGCGGUUAGGGGGGUUCUGGGGGGAGAGGCGAAGGUCUCGGCCCUGGAGCCGUCCAUGGUCGUUGAGGUCAGAGACCUGGACGAGGUAACCACGGAGGGGGAAGUCAGGGCGGCCCUGUCGGAAGCCCUGAAGGCCCCUCUGGUGAAACUGAUGAGGCUAAGGCCGGGUUUCCGGGUAACACAGACCGCGCUGUGCAAAAUGCCAGAGCGGACUGCCCGGAAACUGGUCGCCCUAGCUAAGAUCAAAAUAGGGUGGACCGUCUGUUGGAUUCGCGAGAGGAUCGCGGUAGAUCAGUGCCACCGGUGCCAAGGGUACGGGCACCACGCGGCACAGUGCCUUGGGCCCGACAACUCCAACGCCUGUAGGAAGUGGGGUACGGAGGGGCACAAGGAGAAGGAGUGCUGGGGAUCUAGUCCGAGGUGCCUGACCUGCAAGAACCGGGGUCUGAGAGGAUAUCACUUUUCUGGGAGCGGCCGCUGCAGUUCGUUCAAGGAGGAGCUGCAGAAAGCUAAGCUCCGGCAGGGAAGGAGGGCCACCAGGAAGGCUCGAGUUCCCCACCACAACAUGCCAGGAGUGAGGAGGCAUGCCACCACGGGACCCGGGGGCGGACCUGGAGUAGUGAUACUCCAGGUAAACCUUAACCGGAGCCGUGCGGCCCAGGACCUGCUGACCCAGACCGCCGCUGCGCACGGGGCUGAGAUACUGAUAGUCUCGAAGCCCAGCAGCACGGAAAAGCAGGAAAACUGGGCGGUGGAUACGAGGGGAGAUGCUGCCAUACUGGGGACGAAGAGGUUAGCCGGAAACCCGGAGCCGGGUGGCAAGGGCACCGGCUACGUCUGGGCGAGGGUAAGCGGGCUAACCAUCUUCAGCUGCUACUACUCGCCUAACGAGGCCAUCGAGGAAUUUGAGCGGCAACUGGACGACCUCGAGGGCGCGGUCAGAGCGGUGGGCACCAAAACCCUUGUGGCUGGCGACUUUAACGCGAAGUCGCCAAACUGGGGGUCAAGCAAGUGGGACAAGAGGGGUCGGGUGGUCGCGGACUUCCUGGCCAGGCUAGACCUCAUUCCUGUAAACGGGGGUACAGCCCCAACGUGGCAAAGGGCCAGCACGGGAGCCACGUCGGUAAUCGACCUGACGGCAGGAACCCCAGGGGUGGCGGCUGAAGUGACGGGGUGGCGUGUUCUGGACGACAAAAGCCUGAGCGACCACCACUAUAUUAAUAUGACGUGGAAGCCCAGUGACAGGUCGCACGCUCGAACACCUGGCAGCAUCAAGAAAGGAUGGGUGGUGAGGAAGCUGGACAAGGACGCGAUGUCGAGCUUCCUCAGAAGGGAAAAGGAGCAGCGCAGCGCGGACGCAGCAGGAAACGAGAUAGACGUCCUGAUGACCACCGUGGUAAAGGCCUGUGAUGCGGGGAUGCCCAAAAAGGAGACCACCCAAGGGCAAAACCGCAACGCACUAGUGGAAUGA